UUUCUUUUUAACCUUCAUGAUCUAUCUAUCCAUCGAUAUUUUUUAUUAUUAUUUUUUUUCCUGCUAUUAAUCUCCGUGCAUCAAUAAAACAUCCCCCCGUAUCCACAUUCAUUCAGACGUGUCUUUUACAAGGACAAACUAGCUAGCUAGCUAGCUAGAACAACCAAAGUGAACCUUAUUCACAGUUUUAACCCACAAACAAAGUUAAACUAGUGGAGCCCCAUUUCUCUUUUCAUUUUGCAGUAGUCCUAUAAUAUAUACAUAUAGACAGAGAUACACACAUAAUCUCAAUAUAUAUAUAGUGAGAGAAACUGAGAAAAAUAUCUAGCUAGUAUCUAACAUAUAUAUUUAUAUACAUAUACACAUAAAAAAGAAAAAAAUAAUAAUAUGCAGCAGCACCUGAUGCAGAUGCAGCCCAUGAUGGCAGCCUAUUAUCCCACAAACAACGUCACUACUGAUCAUAUUCAACAGUUUCUGGAUGAAAACAAAUCUCUGAUUCUCAAGAUUGUUGAGAGCCAAAACUCAGGGAAAAUGGCUGAAUGUGCUGAGCAUCAAGCCAAGCUUCAGAGGAACCUUAUGUACCUUGCUGCCAUUGCUGAUUCCCAACCUCAAGCACCUGCUCUUCAUUCUCAGUAUCUUCAGGGUGGAAUCAUGCAGCAACAAGGAGGACACUACUUGCAGCAGCAGCAACAACAACAACAAGCCCAACAAAUGUCUCCACAAGCUCUCAUGGCUGCACGUUCGUCGAUGAUGUACAACCAACAACAGUACUCAUCACUACAGCAGCAGCAAGCGAUGCAUAGCCAGCUAGGAAUGAACUCUGGUGGUGGACUUCACAUGCUACAUAGUGACAACAAUAACAACUCCUCUGCAAGCGGAACCCACCUAGGUACGGGCUUCCCUGACUUUGGUCGUAAGCAAGAUAUCGGUGGUUCUGGUUCCAAUGAGGGACGCGGAAGUGGUGGCUCGGGUAGUGGAGAUGGUGGCGAGACGCUUUACCUGAAAUCUCCGGAUAAAGGUAACUGAUAGUCUUGAUGCUGUUUGUGUUAAGCAAUGGUUUGCUUAGUUGCUUGUUAUAAACCUUAUGGUUAGCUUGUAGUUUUAGACGUCGUCUAUGGUAGUAGAUUAUGCGUUACUUUAUAUUUGAAUAUUUGGUUUUGGGUUGGAUCUUAAUGUUCUUUAUGUUGUGAGAAGACGGAUUAUGUCAUA